AUGCCAUCUCCAACUACAACAUCCACGACAGCCUCCCUCACAACCACAAUCGCCCUACUCGUCCUCCUCGUUUGCUGUUUCUUCCCCACCGCCUUCCACGCCUUCUGGUCCGUUCCCCUCUCCGUCCUCACACCAUCCACCUACAUCCCGCACCCAAUCCUCUCCCCACCAGGAACCAUGUCCUGGUUCCAGAAAACCGUGUCCCUCCCCCCCAAAUCCCGCGGCAGCUACCUCAUAACCGACACCAUCGAGAGAGAACUGCCCGAGCUAAAACAAUACAAAGUCGGCCUGCUGAACUUGUUCGUGCAGCAUACGAGUUGCGCGCUGAGCUUGAAUGAGAACUGGGAUGAGGAUGUUCGUGCGGAUAUGAGUGAUGCGCUGGAUAGAAUUGCGCCGGAGGAUAGGAAGGGGAGUUUGUAUAGACAUAGUGCAGAGGGACUGGAUGAUAUGCCUGCACAUAUCAAGAGCGCGCUGAUUGGAGCGAGUGUCACGAUCCCGAUUAAAGAUGGGCGCUUGGCGACGGGGACGUGGCAAGGCAUAUGGUAUCUGGAGUUUAGGGCUAGUAAGCAUUCGAGGAAGGUUGUUGCUACUAUUCAAGGGGAGAAGAAUGCUUGA